CGCAUUAGAACGGAGCAGUGAGGUUUUUUUUUUCUUCGUCUGGUGUGCCGAUUUAUGCGGAAAACCGUAGGAGUUUUCAGUUCUGGCUGUUCAACUCCAAAUGGGGGAAGAAAAAGAAAACUGGAAAGUAAAAACAUUGGAUGAAAUUUUGCAAGAAAAAAAGAGGAGGAAGGAACAAGAAGAAAAAAUAGAUCCAAAGCACAACAAAAAUGCUGAUGAUCGUGAUUCUAAAAGAGAUUCUCUUGAAGAGGGCGAGCUAAGAGAUCAGAAGAUGGAGAUCACAAUUCGAAAUUCCCCUUACAGAAGGGAGGAUUCUAUAGAAGAUAGAGGUGAGGAAGAUGAGUCCUUGGCUAUAAAACCUCCACAGCAGAUUUUGCGAAAGGAAAAAUCACAUCACAGAAAAGAUGAAAAGAGAAAGGAGAAGCGCAGACACCGUAGCCAUUCAGCUGAAGGACCUGCAGGCAAACCUAUUCGUGUGAAGGAAAAAGACAGAGAACAUGAGAGACGAAAGAGGCGCAGAGAGGAGCAAGACAAAGCUCGACGUGAUUGGGAGAGACAGAAAAGAAGAGAGAUGGCAAGAGAACAUUCAAGAAGAGAGAGGGGGAACUUUGAUGUUUGCAGGGACCGCCUGGAACAGUUGGAGCGUAAUCGUGAACGAGAAAGAAAAGUGAGGGAACAGCAGAAAGAGCAAAGGGAGUUGAAAGAGAGAGAAAGAAGAGCUGAGGAGAGGCGCAAAGAACGAGACCUCAAGAGAGAAGAACAUUGAUUCAGCUAAGGAUAUUUUCAUAAAGAAGAGAGCAAAGGUGCCACAGUUAACCAAUGUAAAUAACUCACCACUCGAAUUGGUGUUCUAGGUGCACUAGGCUCAAACCCUCGCUCAGAGGGCAGUAAACUGUUAUUCAGGCAGACAGAAAUGGACCACAGAUACAAAAAUUAAAAGCAAAAUUUAAAAGUUGAAAUACCGCAUUUAUAUUGGCCCUAUGCCUUGUGCCCAGUAGGCACUCUAUCAUAUGCUAGCCCAAUGGAGAUGCCUGUAUUUAACAUUUUUUUCUACAAAUAUUGCUUUACUUUAUAUCUGUGGCCCUUUGAUUUCCGAGAGUGCCAGUUGGCCCAUUUCGGUCUGCAUGAAAAACAGGUAAGGACAUUUAUCAGAGAAUUGUGUGUGCCCUUUAGUAAUCCUAAUGAUAACUGAAAACACAAAGCCUGACCUGAUAAUAAAUUGGACCCUAGCAACCAGAUUGCUGAAAUUGCAAACUGGAGAGCUACUGAAUUAAAAGCUAAAUAACUUAAAAACCACAAAUAAAAAAUGAAAACCAAUUGCAAAUUGUCUCAGAAUAUCACUCUCUGCAUAAUACUAAAAGUUAUUGCAAAGGUGGACAACGCAUUUAAGCACUGUUCAGACUGAUGAAGAAAAUGAGGCAUUCUCUUGGGUAGACUAAGAAAGAGUUCAGACACAGCUGUCUGGAAAAUUAAUUUGGGAUGCAAAGAAAAUUGACAAGCUGCUUUUACUGAAACACAGACUUCUCUGCAACAAAGUGCAGUUGCAGUGUCAGCAUGCACAGUAACAAUAUUUGCCAGAAAAAGCCGUUGCUGCACCAACACCACAAAACUGCACACUUACAAUUCAUCUAGCAGCAUCUAGAGAAGCCUCAAAACUUCUGGAACAUAAUAAUUUGGCGUGAUGAGACUAAAACUGAACUUUAUGGCCACAACCAUACAUGCUAUGUUUGGAGUCUACAAUGAAACAUUUAGCUGGAUUUCUGCUGCUUUGGGUGGUGGAUGAUCUGCAGCAGUAGAAGGAAUUUACUCAAUAUUGAUGGCAAGAUGAAUGAGCAUACUAUCAGAAAAUAUUGGAGGAAAAUUUGCAUUGAUCACUAGGAAAGCUGCUCAUGGGGCACACUUGGACUUUCUAACAUGGCAGUGAUCUAAUACAUAAGGCCAAGUCGCUCUUUCUGUGGCUGCAGCAGAAAAAAGUGAGUGGUCAUAACAGUCUCCUGACCUCAACAUCAUUGAGCCAGUUUGGGAAGAUCUCAAACAAUGCAGUUUGUAUUAAACAAGCAAAGAAUUUAAAAGCGAAGGAAAUUUCCAAUCUAUGGGGGUGCCAAUUGCUAGGGCACCCCCCAAGGAUUGUAAUGAAUUACCUGAUAACCCAGGCUCGUGCUCCUGCUAGAAUAAAACUGCACCAGCCCAGUAUACUUGUGAGCGAGUGAUCAUCUUUGCCCAGUAGAGCGAAAAAGCCAUCUUUUUUUAGUUAAAGACUGGCUUUUAACUUUACAGUGUGAAGAAAGAAGGAAGAGAAUGGCUCUCUCACAAGUACCCAGGGUCAGUGCAGUUUUCUGCUAACCGGAAAACCAGCCCGAACUACCAGGUAAGUCAUUACAGUUCAUGGAGGGGGGAUGCCCUUACAUUUGGCAACCCCCUGUGGACCUGGAGGCACCCUUUAAGGACCUGGAGGCUUUUUGCCAAAACAGAUGGGCAGCAUUACUGCCUUAUUCACAACUAUCAGAAUAGACUGCAAGCUGUCAUUAAUCUUAAAGGGGCAAUGCAUGAUAUUAAGAAUUAUGGGAAACCUUUUGAACAUGACCUUUUUAUAAUUUGUGUAUUUACUACACUUUGUUUAAUGAUUGUGCUAUUAUGUAUUACAUAUACCUAAUCAUUUCAUUUGAAUCACAUUGAAAAUAUAGAAAUGUGUUUUGUCUGA